UUUAUCAUAAAUCAUUUUUUCGUUUUGUUUUGUCAAAAGUGAUUAUUGCAUGAGCUACUAAAACCCGUAAAAAUGUAUACAUACGAAAAAAAAAGGAGUGACUAUGGCAAACAAUGUCGAUUUCACAACAACGGACCUACAGUGUUGAUAAAUAUGUUGCCAGACGUUAGUCUGGAGAAAGAUUGGAUACAGAGGAAUCCAGUUGACAAAUCCACCAACGAAACCAACAAGUGGUCGGAACACGACGCCAACACGAUAAGAGUGAAGUAUGUUGAUCGCGGAAUUUUGCAUAGCGAAGGUGGCUGGCCGAUUGACGUACACCUAGACGAUCCGGAACAAGUGUCCAGAUUUCGGAGGAAAGCGGAGAAAGACAAAUUGUAUUUACAAUCGGUUAAAACAAUGUCAAUUCUCACCGAACACUUCAUAAAACAAAAUAAUGCAAUAGAUAUAUUUCAACCGUACUUUACCGAAUCGAAAUGUAAAGAUUUCCAAACACUAGUUCCGUCUUAUCAGACAGUGGCGGUAAUUGUGGACCCCUGCUCACCAAAGAGACCGAUACAAAACAUAUCUUGGUCAUCGGAACAGAGCUCAAUGAUCGCGAUCAGUUACUCUGACAUUAGAUUCCAGAUGGCCAAUCCAAAGAACAGUCCUGACUCAUACGUAUAUGAUACGGAGAUGUUUACUUCUCCACAUUUUACGAUUAAGUCCCAAUACCCAAUCACCAGGAUCAAGUUUCACCAUAGGGACGGACAGCUGCUCGCGGGUGGCUUGAUGAACGGACAGGUCGCGUUGUGGGACAUGCGAAUAAGUUCUACAAACGUUGGCUUUAGCAAUGUAAGAAAUGGUCAUCGUGACAAAAUUCAUAGUCUCAAAUGGAUUCAAUCCAAGACCAACUCGGAAUUUUUGACAGGAUCCAGUGAUGGCCAAAUCAUGUGGUGGGAUACCAGAAACCUUGAAGAACCCACGGAUGUAUUGCUCUUAGAUUUAUUGAAAACCGAGGAAAAUGAUGAACCGGAAUGGAUGCAGUGGGGCCGCGCACAUGGAGUCACUUGCAUAGAUUACCAUUUUCCGAUUCCAAUACGCUUCAUGAUUGGCACAAGUACUGGACACGUGUUUGAUGGAAACCGAAAGGGCAGAACAGUGUUCGAAAAAAUACCAUCUACUUAUAAAUGUCAUUAUGGCCCCAUAUAUUCAGUGCGUCGAAAUCCGACGUUUUUAAAAAACUUUUUAACUAUUGGUGAUUGGCAGGCAAAAAUAUGGUCAGAAGAGGCAAAGGAAUCCCAGAUAAUGUGGACCAAAAAUUACGAUAUGAGAUUAACCGAUGGCAAAUGGAGCAAUUCGAAGCCUUCAGUUUUCUAUACGUCCAGAGCUGAUGGGUUCAUGGACUGUUGGGAUGUUCUACAGAAACAACAAAAACCGAUACUUUCGAUUAAGGCGUCUGACAGUAGGUUAAAUUGUAUUAGCUGCCAUGCUGACGGAGCACUGAUAGCUAUCGGUGACGAAUGCGGUAACACACGUGUGAUCGAAAUGAACGAUUGGUUUGUGACUCCCGGACCAUUCGAUAGAGUGCGGUUGACAGCUAUGUUUGAUCGGGAAACUAGGCUAGAAAAAAUAAUAGAAGCUAAGCACCGUGAACAUAAGACUAAAUUGCAGACAAAAUUGCCAGAAAAAGUCGAUGAUUUACCAGCAAAAGCUAAGGUGGCGAUCGAAGAAAUUGAAAGAGAAUUAGCUGAAGUCGUUGAUAGAAUGUGCCACAAUCAGAUUAAUGAAAUGUCUGAGAAUGAUAUGAUGGAAGAAUUUAAAAGUGAAAAAAGCGAAGAAUAAAGAACUGAA